AUGGCACUGAAUCUCCAAAUGAGAGGUUGGUUACCAGUGAUACGUGAGGUGGAAAUAGAGUGGGAUCUUCAGUCGACACCUUUAGAAAUUAAAACUAAUAGUGUGCUGGGGAGUGGCGAUAAGGUGGUAGUGGACUUCUACUCUGCUGGGGGAGCAUAUGCAGGAAGAGUCGGGCUCUGGUUCACCUCUACUCCGGGAUACUUAAUCAACUGGUGCGGCAUGUCCUACACUAACCUCCCUGUUAAUCUCCCCUCUCCUACUGACAAGGUGUGGCGUAUCACUCUAACCAGAACUGCAGGUGUUAGAGUAGUGAUACACUGUAACGAGGUAGAGGUGCUCAACAUACUGCUCUCUCAAGCAACGUGUAGUAACAGUGACUGGAGCACGAUCUGGAUCUGGGACGUAGCAAAGAUAAUGUUCCAUCCCGCCGACACAGCAUCUGAUUACUACGCAACACAACCAGAGCCGUGUGGAGAAGGAACAUAUCGGAAUGAUGCUAUGACAAGCUGUGAGACAUGUGACGCUGGAUUGACACCAAACUCUGAUAAAACAGCCUGUGAGCCAUGUCCAGCUGGAAGCUACAAGAACAUUGAUAUGAACACAUGUAAAGAAUGUUCUGAUAACACGAUCAGUUCAGAAGGAGCAGCCUUGUGUACAGCUUGUGAACUUGGCCAGGAACAAAACUUAGGGAGAACAAAAUGUGAGCCGUGUGGAGAAGGAACAUAUCGGAAUGAUGCUAUGACAAGCUGUGAGACAUGUGACGCUGGAUUGACACCAAACUCUGAUAAAACAGCCUGUGAGCCAUGUCCAGCUGGAAGCUACAAGAACAUUGAUAUGAACACAUGUAAAGAAUGUCCUGAUAACACGAUUAGUUCAGAAGGAGCAGCCUUGUGUACAGCUUGUGAACUUGGCCAGGAACGAAACUCAGGGAGAACAAAAUGUGCAAACUCUGUCUUUACAGCAAAGCAGAGCAUGAAACGGAAAGCUUCCGAUACUGACCUCCCUACGAAACACCUAAUUGCUGAAGCUGUUGGACCCCUCUCCUUCGAAGCCAUGUCAAAACUCAACUGUCAGCAGGAAUCCCUCGCUAAGAUGGCACGCACAGCUCGGACGAAGGCCAUGAGGCAUCCUAUUGCUCCCCGCUCUUUGGCUGACCUUGUCCUAACUCCUGACUACAUCAGAACGAACAGUGGCGAAACCUUCCUUCUUUGGGAUUCUACCUACUCAGCAGAGAGAAGAAGAUCUUUCCUGUUCGGCACUGUGGAAAAUAUGGAUCGUUUAGCUGAGGCCCCUCAUCUUGUCAUCGAUGGUACCUUCAGCACCUCGCCUAACUUGUUUACGCAGUUGGUGACCCUCAAUCUGUCAUGA